CCCUUCUGCAGUAUCUGAAAAACAAGUUCAUGUUUUGAUCCUUCCCAGUUCUCUCUGUCUGCUAACGCUUAUGGAGCUUUUCAACAACCCGAAUAGACGUUACUGCUGGAUAAAUUUUGAUAUUUUCAUAUCAGACCAACAUGGCCUUGUCAGAAACAGAAGAAUACAACACUGGGGCUUUCCACAGUCAUACCGAUCUGGAAAAUCCACACAAAGAGAGGGAAAUUAAAAGAGUCUGCAAAUCAGAGCCUUUUAUUAAACCAAGAAUGUCCCUAAGUCUGGUGAAGUUUAUACCUCGGAAGAUUUUGUCUUAUUUCAAAUUCAAGAAACCACAAAAUGGCCCACAACAAACAGAUUUUUUGCCUGGGGAGUCCAAAAAGAUUCCCAGAGGACUGGCAACCGAGCAGUUCAGAGCGCUUCAGGGUGCAGAAAAUCUCAGAGAGGAGAAAAAUACUGUGCUACAGGAGUUGCACAAACCUAGGAAGAAAGUGCAGAUGUCCAUCACAGACAACAGCAUACAAACCCUAAAUAAACCUCAAAUUGACCCACAACAAACAGAUUUGUCACUGGAGGAGUCCAAAACGUUCCUCAGAGGACUGGCAACAGAGCUGUACAGAGUGCUUCAGUUUCAGGGGGUUAUAAGUGAACAGAUGUCUGAAAAAGCAGAAACAUACAACAGACAGCAUUACUACAGUCAUAGAAAUCUGUGCAAAGAGAAGCAAAGUAAAAAAGUGCACUCCGAGACUUUUAUCAGACCAAGCCUAUCCCUAAAGGGCACAGAAAGUCUCAGAGAGGAGAAAACUAUUGAGCUACAAGAUUUGUAUAAAUCAACAAAGAAAAUACAGAUGUCCAUCACAGACAUUAGCAUACGAACCCUACCACAGAAAAACAAGUCUGAGUUGCCACUCCUUAACCAGAGUGUUAGAAGUGAACCGAGAUCUAAAAAAGCAGAUGGUUUGCAGAUUCCCAAGAAAGAAUGGGAAAACAUCACGAGACCAUCAGCCAAAGUGACUCUGGAUCCGAACACUGCAAAUCCCACUCUCAAGCUGUCUGUGGAUGGAUGCUCUGUGAGAACAAUGACCUACGACGAGUUUCAAUCAAGCAAGCGUUUCCAUGAAUACCAAAAAGACAAACACCAGUAUAAUGGAUGGAUGUGUGUCCAAGCUCAAGAGGGCUACAGCACAGGCAGGCAUUACUGGGAGGUAGAUGUAAAGGGGAAGUGUGACUGGAGAAUAGGUGUAGUGAAGGAGUCUGCUAAACGCAAAGGCUUUAUUAAACUGAACACAGCAACAGGGUAUUGGACUCUGCGUCUGCAGUUAGGCUCUCUCAUGGCCCUGACUGAACCAGUCACCAAACUCAAUCAGGCGCCACCUUCUAAGAUAGGAGUGUGUCUAGAUUUGGAGGAAGGUCAGGUUUCUUUCUAUGAUGCAAAGAAAAGGAAACAUAUUUACACAUUUAAUGCAGAAUUUGAGAAAGGCGACAUAAUUUACCCUGUGUUUGGAACCGUGGAGACAGACAAGCCUCUAAAGAUUAUCUAAACGUGACUUUUAAUUGGUCUUUACAUUGGCUGAAACAUACCAUAGGGAAAUAGCCACAGAGUUUCUUCUAUCAUAAUCAAGUAUUUGGGGACUGCAAAUUUAUCACAUUCUUUUUGACAGUAAUGAACUGUAAACAUUGUACAUGUAUAAAUAACUGCAAAUUUAUAAUUUCGACUAUUUUAAAUGUACAUUUCCUAACUGAUUUCUUCUUUUUAAAUGCAUACUUGCACGAUACAGUGUAGUAUUAUUUUCAUAGCUAUACACUGUUAUUAUCUAGCUCUAGUGAUUUUAAACUUAAUAUAGUGAAUGCCACUUAUUGUAUAAGCUUUAUUCUGUAUAUGCAGAAAAAGACUAAGACUUUCUAAUCUCUUAGAAAGAAACUGCACUUUGAAAAAUCUUUUCUUUGUUUUUGUUUUUCUACUGUUAUACUGAGUUGUAAAUAUUUCAAAGGACUAGUGAUGAAAAUGUUUUGUAUGUUCUGCACAAAAUCUUGGAGAAUGUUGAAAUGGAUAUUAAAUGCGUAUACUGAGUUA